AGCGGAUAAGAUACAUGUAGAACUUAUUUAAAUCACCCUUCCCUGAAUUGGUGUGAAAACAACAACCACAAAAAUUUGGAAUUGUUCAUUCUGAUUCUGUUUCAGAUAUGAAGAUGAUUAUUCCAUUACUUGCAGCUUUGAUUCUGGGCUUAGGUGUUGCUGAUAAAGUCAAUUUUGCAAAUAGACGACUAACAGACAAAAAGAAUUUGACAUCAGCAGUUGACAACAAUUCGGAAGAAUCCCGGUUAAAACAUUAUUCGUUAUAUCAGAGCAGGGUGCCAGCCUACACAAAGUACCAGUUUUUUCGUCCGCAUUCAAAAGGAAAGAAUUUUAACAACUGGAAUGGAAAACCACAUUUGUCAAAUGUACCGAUAACCGCAAUUUUAAAAUUGAUGAUGACAGGAAAAUUUGAUGUCAUUGCAAAUUUUGCUCGACUUGAAAUUGCUCCAACAAGGAAAAAUGGUAAUCUUCAUCAGCAACCAUACGGUACAUUGCCCGGGAAAUCACAAUACAACUUUUAUCCAAGACCAUCAGCUUUGUCGUUUGUAUCGCAAAGAUAUAAACCUUUUAAAGAGAUGAGCUACCAUAAUGGACCUCGGGAAGGAAUUGCCAAUUAUCUGCCCAAAUUUGCCGCUGGUCAACCUGUUUUCCAAGAUACAGUUGUCCAACUACUUCCGCAAUCUGCGGGAUCAAAUGGUUAUGCAGUUUCGGGACCAUCAUCUUUACCCACGUUUCAAAAUCUACCUUCCGAGUCAUUACAAUUCAUGACUCAAAUGCCUGAGCAAGUAGCAAUCAUGACAAAUUCUGUUUCUCCGCCUAUGAAAGUUGGUUUCAGCGGACAACAAUAUCAGGUUUCGUUUGAAAAUAUGUAUCACCAGUACCAGAAGAUGCAAGAGAAGUCGGAGAAUACUGAAAAAUCAUACUCGGAACUCUCCAGACUUUACGAUAUUAUGAAUGCAUUGAAAGCUUUACAUACAGAAUCGAACGAUAAGGAUCAACAGAUCAACAGCGAAAACAGGACCUAUCGACCUGCAAUCCAGGCUAUUAAAAAUUCCUCAGUACCUUCUCAUCCAGAUAAGAAUUAAUUGUAAAGGAACUUUACCUACUGACAAAAACUUAAUCCAUCUCGGAGGCUCUAAAUUUAUAUUUUAGCAACUCUUGGUAUUAAUUGUACCUUUCAUGGUAUGCUUAAAAAUAAAUAAAUUUCGUGUC